AUGGGUCGUGCAGCAAUUCCAGCAGUAUUCCUCGCCUUUGCCGCGUUGGUCCUCUACGUUUUCAUAACAGUGUCUUCACCUGUGUGGAACCAAGUGCGUUUCUUCAGCGUCGACGUUCCAACGGUUUCGGCAGGAAACUACCGCACAAACGGCGGCACCAUAAGAUACGGGUUUCUUGGGUGGUGUUUCGAUGAUGUCUGCUCAGAAGAAAGUCUUGGUUACAGAUUGGAGGAGCCAGUCAACCGGAUAACAGGCGUCAACAUAUCAAUUAACAACGAAGCUUUGGAGCAUAUAACGUACGCACUCAUUCUCAACCCUGUUACUGGUCUAUUGUCUCUCCUGGUUAGCUUGUUUGGAUGCCUGGCUAUCCGUGGAGGAAGAAUAACGGCACUCUUCCUCACAAUUUUUGAGGGAAUCACUGCUGUAGUUGGUUGCGUAGCUUUAGCGCUCAACGUCGCACUGUUCAAGGUGUUUGAGAACGAAUUGCAAGAUAAACUUGAAGAAACUGGAAUAUCAGUAAAUACAUCUCUUGACAACGCUGAGUGGUUGAGUGUUGCCGCUGCCGGAUGCUUAAUUAUCGGUACAAUACUCUCUCUGCUCGGAAUUUGUUUUGGAAGGUCGUCAUCGAAGCAUCGGGAUAUUAGCUACGUCUAG